CAAACACAAAAACACCCAACUCUUUGUUUCGAAAGACACUCGGAAUAGUAGGUACAAAUCCCCACACCCCCCAUCUUUGUAAUCCAGACCAUAUGUCAGUUUAGACAAAUCGAUUCUGAUCAAUCUUACAUAAAUAUCGCCCCAAAAAUAAGGGUCGUCAAAACCAGACAGACAUAUGGGUAGGCCACGCAGUCUCCGCAGCAAAGCGGCCCACUUUGUCACUGAUAUCACUACCGGAUUGCUCAACCCCAUUUCUGACAAACCCUCCAAACCCUCUCCUCAUCCUCCUCCUCCUCAGGAAGAUGUGGAUGGGUCUAAAGGAAGUCAAAAUGGAACAAUGAGUGAAGAGAGUGAGGCUAAUCCGGCUGAUGGGCCGGAUACUUCUUCGUUUACUGCGUUUCUGUACUCGCUGUUAACAACAUCGGAGGAGUCAGGAGAUAAGAGUAAGAGUUCAGAUGACCAGGUUGAUGAGCAGAUGGAGAAGAGCAAUGUGCCGUCUGAUUCUGUGGUGAAAGCAAACGGUGGGAAGAGAAGCUUGUUUUCUAAGGGGAAGCACACGCUUGGUAAAGCUAUGUACCAGGCUGCAAGAUUUGGUGGGUAUCGGGGUCAAGAACGGAAGGGUGACCUUGAUGUAAAUGGUGAUGAUGGGAAGGACACGGAGUUUGCUGGAGUGGAGAUGAGGCAUAUGCAGAUAGCACAGAAGCCUGUGGCUUUGGUUCAUCUACCAGACACCUCUGAACCUUCUUUACUUCUUGCUGAGAAAACUAGAGUUGCUCUUUACAGUUCAUUCCCAGCGCUAGUUCAAGGAAGACGAUGGAUGCUACUAUAUAGCACAUGGAGGCAUGGUAUAUCACUUUCAACUCUCUACAGGAGAAGUAUGCUUUGGCCUGGCCUCAGUUUGCUGGUUGUUGGAGACCGUAAAGGUGCAGUAUUUGGUGGCUUGGUGGAGGCACCCCUAAGACCAACCAACAAGAAGUAUCAGGGAACAAAUGAUACAUUUGUUUUCACAAAUACAUCUGGCCAUCCUGUUAUAUAUCGCCCUACAGGUGCCAACCGCUAUUUCACACUUUGUGCUACUGACUUUUUAGCUAUUGGUGGGGGUGGUCAUUUUGCACUCUAUUUGAACAGUGAUCUAUUGAGUGGAUCAAGUUCAGUUUCAGAAACCUAUGGAAAUCCAUGUCUUGCAAACUCGGAAGACUUUGAUGUGAAAGAAGUAGAGUUAUGGGGUUUUGUGUAUGCUACCAAGUAUGAGGAAGUCCUUGCCGAAAGCCGUAUGGAGGCACCUGGGAUUUGCCGGUGGUGAAUGCUUCCUUGAACCUCAUUUCCUCUGAUGGUUAGUAUCGUCAACUUAGCUGAGGUUUAUUAGUGUUUCUGGGUCUGGAUGCAAAUAUGUUGCAUUAUGUGGUUGACUUUCCUUUUGGAGUUUGUAUAUACAAAUCUUCCAUGUACAUAAGAAAGAAUACACAAGCACUGUUCAAGGAAUUUUGGUUAUAUAGUACACUCACUAUGAUGAAAAUUUUAACAGAGAAAAACGCCUCACCCAGUGCGUUGCUAUGAUUAAAACCAAAGGAUAUGGUCUGUUUUGUUGAUUCUA